AUGGUGCGGUGUCGUCGGGAACAGCGACACCGCCAUCAGCGAUUUGCAACUCGUCGUCACAGACAUCCACGUCGCUUGCACACCUUCCGGCAUCGCUCUCCGCCACCUCCCCCAUCAAACGAGGACACGAAUACCACCAGCGCCAGCAUUGACAACAGCAGUGGCAACAGCGGUAGCGGUAGUGGUGGGCAUGAGGCAAACCAACUGCUGCUGUCGACGGUUGUUGGACAGGCGGAGCAGCGUCUUCCUGUUCGCUCAUAUUGGCAGACACACGACCACCUGUGGUCCUUCCACGACAUCCGCUCUGUCGUCACGUCUGACCUUGCCAUCUUUGGCGAUGGCGAGAAGCCCGUGCCGGCCAUCAGCCUGAAGCUGCGGGAGGACGGACAGUCAAUCAACGUGCUCACUGGCAUGGAUCUCUGGCUGGACAACCUCAUGUGCAACGUCCCAGAGAUUAUGAUGUGCUACCACACGGUGCCGGUGGAGUGGAUUGCAGACAACCCACAGGACGGCCACAGCCGGCAGCUGCUGGAGCUGGUGCUCACGCGCGCCGCACACCAUUACGCAACGCUGGCCAAGCUUGCGUUGCAGCGCGGGAAGUUUGGAUCCACCGUCCGCUUUUGUGACCUGUGCCUGCGGUGCCGCACCGGCGCGCGCCGAGCAAGCACGUGGUAUGACGGUGGUGACGGCGGAGGUCAAGGUGCUGAUGGGGAUGGUGACGGUGCUGAUGGGGAUGGUGAUGACAACGGAAGAGCUGGAGGCGAUGGCAGUAGUGGUGGUAAGCUGGAAGGUGGUGAGGGGGGGGAGUGCAGCGAGCAAUGAUAGCAGAGUCAAUGGCGCGGGUGAUGAACAGCUGGAGAGCAAGCGCAGCGGCGAUGCAUCAAGGGCUGGUCGACAACACGUGGACGGCCACCAAUCGCGCACCACAACAACGACAACCACGACAACACAUUCGACAACAACAACGGCAACACAUUCGACAACACAUUCAACGACAGCACAUUCGACACAAUCGCCAUCGCGAUCGCGAUCACCACCAACGCCGCCACCAGCAGCGGGCCCCAUCAUUGCCGUCAAGGCGGCAGAGCAGCUGCAGACACACGUGAAGCAAGAAGACGACCUGCUUGGUAAAGUGUUGCCGCUGGCCGCACACGCGCUCCUGGCGCUUGCGGCGCUGCACCACGACGCACCCCAGCACCUUCCCCAGCAGAUGGCAGAGGCAACAUACCGCACACGG